CUUUUCAAAGUAAUUGCCGGCCUGUGCAUUGGGCUCAAUGGCAAACCAAUCUCGUCGUAUGGCAGUGACGUAAAGUCAAUCACAUUGCUUUCGCCCACCAUCUUUCCCAUUAUCUAUGCCGCCAUUCUCGGCAAACUACUUCGGCGAUUGGGGCUUUACAAGGCGGAGCGUGGCACUACAAUCGGAGUUUUGGAGCGACUCAUAGGCUGCCAGUCCAUAUUCUCGACCUUGGAGAGGCAAGUCGGUCUCCGGCGUGUCGACUUUCUAGGUUGCUCCGUUCUACUAGCUUGGCUGCUUUCACCACUAGGCGGUCAAGCCUCGCUGCGGCUCUUAACGACUGAACCACAAGUGAAUACCUUCAACUCGACAAUACUCUACUACUCCAUUGAAAAAUACGCCAACGCAACGGCACUCUUUCGCAAGCCAGGCAAUGGAUCAGCUUCGCCCUUCUUUGCUCCUCUCUUCAUGACUGCUAUACAGACUUCGCGACACCGACUAGGGAAUCCUAUGGACUUAUUUGGCAAGGUUAAAAUUCCAGAUAUCAAUGCCCUGAACACGUAUUCCACCGAGGUAGCAGACUAUGAUUGGCAUCAAGUCAUAAAUGACACGGACGUCCGCUACACAUCCGUCUUCGGUAUUCCCAUUGCUGGAGUGCCUGAGACGGGCAACGCAUCCUUCAAUCUUGUAACGCACUACUGGAAUAUCAAUUGUACCUCCAAUAACAGAGGUGCCCUUUCCAGCCCAUGGCAAUGGGAAUUUCCAAAUACAACCACCCUAGGAGACGCCAUCAAACCUCGAAGCCCCUCAUUUGACUUGAUCGUCAACGAAAAAAACAAUUCAAACCUCACUACACGCAGUGUGGUCUCCAUCCCAUGCAUUGCCGCACCCGUCGUUGUCGAAUCGAAAGUCUCUUGCUACGACAAGUCCUGCAGCGUCCGAGCAAUACGCAAUGUUGACCGAGGGGGCAGCGACCUUUGGCAUGGCAUCACGCCACUCUCCAUCUUCAAAGCAAUAGCCGACCAGAUGCCCGGCGUAGAUGUCAGCACCACGCAGGAAAUCGAGUUUGGGAACGAGCUAAUUGAGCGGUGGAUACUGGAUCCCAACCUAGACCCCGAAGCCUUCGCCGACUGGAUCGACCUGUCGCUCCUCGACAUAUCCUAUUUCAAUAGGAAUCUGCAGAUAGCAAUCAACACGUUCUGGGACUUCACAAUCGGCAAUGUGGUGCGCAUGGAUGGCCUCACGAAAGAGAGCGCUAUCGUCUCGGAACGCACGUGGAAUACAACAACUAUGCUUGUGGCCGAGUACAAAGGCUUGCGUUACGUCUGCCACAUCAAACUUGCGGUGUUGACCAUGGCUAUCUGUCUUGUUCUCUUAAUGGCAGCGAAUCUCUCGAUGAUUUUGGGCAUUGUAACGCGCACACCGGAUAUCCUGGGCUUUGUUUCGGUUUCUGCGCGCGAUAAUCCGUACUUCAAAGGACGUGUUUCGUCUCAUCUCAGCGGCUUGGAGACUGCCCGUGCUUUGCGAGAUGUUCGUGUGAGAGUUGGAGACGUGCAGAGCGAAGCAGAUGUUGGACAUGUUGCGUUGGCAACGAUGGAUGCCAAUCCAGGGCGUUUGUCGUGGACACGGCUGUAUGAUUGAACAAUAUAUAUAUGCAAUAGAUUUUGGGUCCUGGGAAUUGUUUUGUGGUUUGACCUGCCACUAACCAGGCCUUUUGAGAAUUUAGCCCAAGUCAUCAAUCCAAUUUAGUUCACUUU